AUGGCCCGCUACAAGGUGGACAUCGCCGCACUCAGCGAGACCCGUUUCUCCGAACUACGCCAACUGGAGGAGGUGGGUGCCGGCUACACCUUCUUCUGGAGCGGUCGACCCAGGGCUGAGCGACGGGACGCGGGUGUCGCCUUCGCCAUUCGGAACGACAUCGUGGGACGACUGCCCUGUUUGCCGCAGGGCAUCAACGAUCGCCUGAUGAGCCUCCGUCUGCCUCUCCGUGGUGGGGGCACAUUCGCCACCAUCAUCAGCGCCUACGCUCCGACGAUGACCAACCCCGACGCCGUCAGAGACAAAUUCUACGAGGACCUGCACGCCCUCUUGGCGACUGUGUCGAAGGCGGACAAGUUGAUUGUCCUUGGUGACUUCAACGCCCGCGUCGGCACAGACCAUACUGCCUGGAGAGGAGUGCUGGGUCCCCACGGUCUCCGCCGCUCAAACGACAAUGGUCUGCUGCUUCUCCGCACCUGCGCAGAACACCGCCUCAUCCUGACGAAUACGUUCUUCUGUCUGCCAGAGCGAGAGAAGGCCAUCUGGAGGCAUCCUCGGUCGCGCCAGUGGCACCUGCUGGACUAUGUCCUCAUCCGGAGUCGGGAUCAGCGGGACGUGCUGGUGACGAAGGCGAUCGCGGGUGCUGACGGGUGGACCGACCAUCGCCUCGUCAUCUCGAAGAUGCGUAUUCGCCUACAGCCUCGCAGAAGACCACAAGGUAAGAGACCCCCAGGUAAGCUGAAUGUUGCCUUGUUGUCUUUGCCCGCUCAUCAUCUUCGCUUCAGCAAUGAGUUAGCUCAACGGCUAGACAACCUCCCCAUCGCCGAUGCCGCCGCUGCCGAGAACGCCUCUGUGGAGAACCGCUGGUGUCAAGUGCGAGACACGGUCCAGUCGACGGCGCUCGCCGUCCUCGGUCGCGCUCCCCGCCAACACCAGGACUGGUUCGACGACAACGACGCCGCCAUCAGAAAUCUGCUAGCUCAGAAGAACCGCCUACACAAAGCCUACGUAGAUCACCCCACUGAUGCCACCAAAGCUGCCUUCUACCGCAGUCGCCGCCAACUUCAGCAACGACUGCGCGAGAUGCAGGACGCCUGGACUGCUCGCAAAGCUGAGGAGAUCCAACGGUACGCGGACCGCAACGCAUGGAAGAACUUCUUCUCUGCGAUCAAAGCUAUCUACGGUCCGCCGACGAAGGGCGCUGCUCCUCUCCUCAGCGCCGACGGCAACACUCUCCUGACUGAGAAGACGCAAAUCCUGCAGCGAUGGGUCGAGCAUUUCCGAGGCGUCCUCAACCGCCCCUCCGUCAUCUCCGACGCCGCCAUCGCCCGCUUGCCGCAAGUGGAGACGAACGCGGACCUCGACCUCCCGCCAUCUCUCCAGGAAACCAUCAAGGCCGUGCAGCAGAUCUCCAGCGGGAAAGCACCCCGGAGGUCCCCUACUGAUGGAUCACCUGACUGCGCUCUUCCAAGAGAUGUGACGUCAAGGUGA